AUGGAUAAGUAUGUCACAAGAUCGAAAAUUGGGCAUCCAAGUUCUAGCUCUACUCAUCCAUCUACCGCUUCAACCAUAGCUCCGAAAAUUCAAAGAAAAACAUUUAUUUCAGAUGUUGAUUUAGAAUCUCUUGAAGCUGAUCCGGGAAUUAGAAAGCCCAUUGCAGAAUAUAAUCCUAAUAUACGUGAUGAUAUUAAGAGAUAUUAUAUUCUUAAAAAGCCUUGCCAACCUAAGGAUCAUAAAUUUCCUAAAACUAAGUUUGGGAAGGAAAUGUGGCAAUUUUUUCCUGAUUGGUUUAAUGGUCGUAAGUGUCGUGGAUAUGUGGUUGAUGUUGCUUUCACAAAGACUGGCUAUAGAGCUUGGAACAAAGCUACUGAAAGAUUUAGAGCUCAUGUUGGAGAUAUAAAUAGCAACCACAACAAGUGUUUCAACAAGAUGCUUGAUUUGAUGAAUCAAUCACAGUCAAUACGCACUUCCUUUGAUAAAAAGUCCAAGAAAGAAAAAAGUGAGUCUCGGCGUCGCUUGAGUGCUUCAAUUGAUGUGACAAGAUUUCUCUUGAAAUUAGGAUUUUCAUUCCGUGGACAUGAUGAGAGUCGAUCUUCUUCAAAUAGAGGUAUUUUUCUUGAACUUUUGCAAUGGUAUGGAGAUAUUAAUGAAGAUGUUGGAAGCAUUAUUUUAGAAAAAGCUCCAAAAAAUGAAAUGAUGUGUUCUCCAAGUAUUCAAAAGGAUAUUGUUGAUUCUUGUGCUAAGGAAACAAUCAAAUCUAUUCUUGAAGAUUUAGAUGGGGAUUAUUUUGGGAUACUAGUCGAUGAAUCAAAGGAUGUAUCACACAAGGAGCAAAUGGCACUUGUUUUGAGAUAUGCUAACAAAGAAGGAGAAGUGAUAGAGCGAUUUAUUGGUAUUAUUCAUGUUAGUGAUACAUCUGCUUGUUCAUUAAAGGAAGCAAUAUACUCUUUUCUUUUAGAUCACUCAUUAAGUCCAUCCCAAAUACGUGGGCAAGGUUAUGAUGGAGAUAGCAAUAUGCAAGGACAUCUAAAUGGUCUUAAAACUUUGAUUUUGAAUGACACUCCAUCGGCAUAUUGCAUUCACUGUUUUGCCCACCAAUUGCAGUUAACACUAAUGGCUCUUGCAAAGAAGGAUUCAAAUGUAGAUGACUUUUUUUGUUUAGUUACUAAUGUGUUAAAUAUUGUUGGAGCAUCUUUUAAGCGCAGGGAUUUACUUCGGAAACACCAAGCUGAACAGUUAGAGGAGUUGCUUAUAUCAGGGGAAGUGCAUACUGGGCAAGGAUUAAAUCAAGAACGUGGGCUUCAGCGGCCAUGUGAUACUCGUUGGGGUUCUCAUUAUAGAACAUUAGAUAAUCUUAUUGUUCUAUUUCCAUCAGUUAUUCAUGUGUUUGAAUUUACUGGAUGCGAGUGUCCAAACUAUACUGAUAGACUUCUUGCUAAAACUCUUGUGGAUGCAAUUAAGAAAUAUGAUUUUGCCUUUAUGCUGCACUUGAUGUGGAAAGUUCUUAUGAUGACAAAUGAAUUGAACUCCUCAUUACAAAGGAUGGAUCAAAAUAUUGUCAAUGCUAUGGGAUUUCUUGCUCUUACAAAGCAAAGAUUACAAAAUAUGAGGGAUAAUGAAUUCGAAUCAUUAAUGGAUGAUGUCUCUUCUUUUUGUGAUAAACAUGAUAUAGUCAUUCCGGAGAUGGAUGCUAGCUACUUUCCUGGGAAGUCAAAGCGUAAAGCUCUUGAUGUUACAUAUUCUCAUCAUUUGCAUGUUGAAAUAUUUUAUGCUGUUAUUGAUUUGCAUCUUCAAGAGCUUAAUAAUCGUUUUGAUGCUGUGAGUACUGACUUACUUCUCGGUAUGGCUAGUUUGAAUCCAGUUAAUUCAUUUGGUAGUUUUGAUAAGGGAAAGAUAAUGAGGUUGGCUGAAUAUUAUAUGAAUGAGUUUGACAUCAACAAGCUUCAGGAUUUCAAUUUUCAGCUUGAUAGCUUUAUAGUUUAUGUUCGUGGUUCUGACAAGAGGUUCUUCAACUUGAAGGGAAUUAGUGAUCUUGCUAAAGUAUUGGUCAAGUCAGAUUUGCAUCAAAUUUGGCCACUUGUUUAUUUGUUUAUCAAGUUGACUCUUAUUCUUCCCGUUGCUACUGCUUCUGUGGAACAAUCUUUCUCAUCCAUGAAGUACAUUAAAAAUGAACUUCGUAAUAGUAUUGGUGAUGAAUUUUUGAAUGGUUGUUUAGUUUGCUAUGUAGAGCGUAAGAUAUUCGCAAAUCAAUUAGCACAUCAAGCACUAGCCAUUCAACUUGCAUCUGUAGUAGCAACUGUUGCAGUUGUAGGUGUUGCACAAGCAACUAAUCUGCCUGAGGAGAUUAAUGUGUUUGUGAACAUGAAUAAGGAGAUUCACUAUGUAAAUGUUAUUGUGACACCUUGUGUGAAUGUUACGUCCUUCAAGAUGGAUGUGUGCAUUUACACCAUACUCAAGACUGAGGAACAAUGUCAUAAUUUUAAUGAUGAUGACUCUCAACAACACUUGAAGAACUUCAUGGAGGUGCACAUUGCACAAGCAAGCUAA